AUGACUACUAGUACUACAACUACUACAACAAAGACUACUACUACUACUACUACUACAACUAAAGAUAAUCAAAUAGAUGAUAGAUGUUAUGUCGUACAACUAUCAAAAUAUAUUCAAUCUAUUAUCAUUGAUAUGGUGAUUCGCGAUUAUGAUUCUAAAUAUUGUAAUGGAUUCAAGUACAUAUCAUCAAACAAAGAAUCAUAUCUAAUGAUCAACAAACAACCUAAAAAGAAACAAAACAACGAUGCUACAUUCAAACAGAUGAUCAGCUAUGCUUUAGUAUCGAAAUGGUGGUUGAAAGUAGUACAACAAAUAACAUCAUCAAACUUGGUGAUUACCAAGUUGAAAGAAUCAAAAUUUAGUGGACUUGAUACUACAGCGAUAGAACAUCUAAAAUGGAAUUUAGUGUGUGAACCCGAUAUAUAUGAACCAAAGUACAAGAGAUCAAAGAUUGAUUUUGCAAAACUACCUCUUUUACUCCCACAACUAAAGACAAUCGAUAUCAUCGGUAAAGAUUUGGAAAAUAAAGCAAUACUAGAUAUUGUACGACUCAUCAAUACAUUCCCACACAUUCAAACCAACUUAAAGAUCACAUCUAAUUAUAAUAGUCAAGCAAUACAGGUUGAAUGGCCUCGAAAUAUCUCUUUUGAUGGACCACUUAAACCAAUAGUAGACUUUACAAUCAUUAAUGGUUAUGAGAAUGAUUUAUCUAUGGAACACAAUUAUAUGUAUCAAAUGAUUGAAUUUCUUCGACCAAAUACAAUCAAUAUGUCUCUUGCAAGUGACCAAUAUUUUGGUGGAGAUGGUCAUUUUGAUUAUGAAGAUUUAUUUGAACAUUUAAAUACGACAGCAACUAGACACAUCAACAUUAAAAAUGAUUAUAUUGAAUUGGAACAUUUAAAAUUAUUAGUAUCUCGAGAUGCAUCAUUUAAUUUUCAAUCGCUCAAGACUUGUAUCAUCACAUGUCCAUUAGAGACUGAAAUUUAUCAAAAUAAUGGAAAUGACGACACGUGUCAUUGUAGAGACAUAUUCAUGGGAGAUACUUUGGAAGAUUGGGAUGAAUUUUGUAUCAAUCUAACAAACAAUACAACUUUGACGACACUUUGUUUGGAAGAACCAUUUCACGAACACCCUAGAAGUACUGAAAGUUUUGAUAAUAGUCAAGAAGAAUCUAUUGCAUGCGUGGAAAGAUUAUCAUCCUCCUUUACACCAAUUUGGAAAACAAACAACACCAUGAACGUUCUAGGACUAUCAUUUCUUCCAAAUAUUAUAUCACCACAAUUCUUUGACACUUUGAGUCAACAUAAUCAAAGUAUCACAACUUUGAUGUUGACUGAAGGUACAUUACUUCAAGAAUACAUUACUCCACUAUCUAAAUUGAUAAUGACCAACCAAACAAUCAAAGAACUAGAUAUCAGUUGGAACUAUUUAAAAUUGAUUGACGAGUUGGAACAGGCAUUCAAACAAAACAAAUCAAUUCGAGUAUUAAAUAUUGCAAAGAAUCUAUUUCAUUUAGAUUUGCUUGAUGCAUUAUUAGAGAGUGACAGUAUUCAAUAUUUAUUAAUUGACCAAACAAUGGCACAACAUAAUCAUAAACACCGAUACUUUAAACAAUCAAAAUCAUUGAUUCAAUGUUUUACAAUUCCCACAAAUAAAUAA